AUGGCCUCUCCCAUCCGUCCUCAGUUCUUCUGCUCCCGCCCAAACGGCAGUCUUACUCCCCUCGUGGCUCUCGACGAGCUGCCCUCCUACGUCUCGAUUCGCGGUGUUCCCCGUCUACUUUCUGCUGGAGAUACCCAGGGAAUGACCAGCCUUGGAGCUGUUACUUCUCGGGCUCAGUUUUACGUGGUGGAUGGUGUUUCUGUGGACGCGAAUCGUGGAUCCAACAGCCCUUCUGAUGACAAUGGUUUUUCUCAACAGCGCCUUGGUUACCAGGCUCUAGUUCAACAGAGUACCCCGCUCAAUGUGGCUGCUCACAGUGGCCCAGGUGGUGGUUGGCUUACCCACGGGGCAAGCAACGGUGCGGUGUCUAGACAGAACCCCACCAAAAAGGAAUACUGCUCUUAUUGGAUUCGUCAUGGAGAGUGUGACUAUCAGCAGCAAGGCUGCCUUUACAAACACGAAAUGCCAACUGACCUGGGUAUGCUUGAUAAGCUCGGUCUCCGUGAUAUUCCUCGUUGGUAUCGUGAGAAGUUUGGCAUGUCGAGUCUUCUCCCCGGUGGUGGACACCAGCAUCCUCGCGGCAAUACCAAUACCCAGGCCCCUCCACAGCAGUGGAAAGACGAGGUCCAAGAUCGCGGGGUUUACAAGCAACUGUCCUUCCCCUCCCGUCUGGGUAUCACUGGCUGUGCCGAGUUCGGCCAGGAAGCUUUCAGCAACAUCAACGGUGCUGUCGGACAGCAGAAGGUGGUCACUCCUUCCUUCACAGCGGCCCCUCAGCAACCUGUGACGGCUCCAGCACUGCUUCGGUCUGCCUUUGCGCCUGUCGGCGGCCACAUCUCCAGGGAGCAGACCCCGUCUCACCACAAUGGUGUGAAACCGUUCCUCAACGGACAUAACAGUCACAGAAAGAUUGACCUGCUCGCCUUCGAUCCUAUCACCGAAUAUGCCUCUCUGGAUCGUAUUGGUGGACACAUGGGUGGACACAUGACUGACUUGCCCUCGUCUCCCAUCGAAAUCAAACUCACUCCCGAGGAGGCAGACCGAGCCCAGCGUGAGGAACUCGUUCGGAACCUCCAGUCCCUUAUGCCUGCUCCCCAUCUCGGUGGAGGUAGCUCUGACUUUCUCCCCACCUCCUUUGACCACGCUGGCGCGCAGGGCCGUGGCAAGAGAUAUCCUACCAAGUCUCGUCGCCUGUACCAGCCUCGCUCUCCCACCGACACUGUCGUCCCGGGCAAGCUUCAGAGCCCUAUUGGUGAAGUGCCUUACAAGACUAAGCCUGCCAAUGCGGCUGCCUUUGCCAAUACUCCUUCCACCAAGAAUAGCCCCCCGAUGGCCAGCCCGAUUGGCGGCCCCGUUCUGGGAGGGCAUUUCUCCUCCGACUCCCCCGGCCGUAUGGUUUCACCGUCGGACUCGCACAGCACCUCCUCGUCUGCGGACUCGGCCAAGCUUGGCACCCACUUCGGCCACCGUGCCUUUGCUGGCCGGGCCAACAAGGUCCAAACCAUGCCUUCUGUCAUUGAACGCCGUGGAGUUGGUUCUUCCAACGACCUCAUUGGCUUUGGUGCAGGACGUGGCAAGUAA